AUGGCGUCUGACUUCCACUCCCGCGGCCGGUCCGUGUUUAUUGUCACCACCAUCACCUUUGUUCUGGCCACGAUUUUUGUCGUGGCUAGAUUGUUGAGUCGCUUUUGGAUUGUGAGGAACAGGGCUUGGGACGAUUGGUUUAUAGUAUUAGCCUGGCUCAUUGCCUUUGGCCUCUCGUUUUCAAUUGAUUAUGGCACGAGCAAGGGACUGGGGAGGCACGAUGCUGACAUCCCUGAACAUUGGCUAUCCGGUUUAUAUAGCUCGGAAUACGUGUUCACGAUUCUGUAUAACCCGGCCUUGAUGGCUACCAAGACGUCGAUACUGAUUUUCUACCUGCGGAUGGCCAAGAAUACGCAGAUUAUCUUGAGGGUUUCCUCCUAUGUUACGCUCGCAAUCGUUAACAUCGCGGGCGUCGUUCUCACUUUUAUGAAUGCGUUCCAAUGUCGACCAAUCUAUGCUGCAUAUACUCCCCAUACCCAGGGGAAAUGCAUUUCGAUUGUCACACUAUACCUCUGCUCAGCGCCCGUGAACGUCAUUACGGAUCUAGCUAUCUUGGUUCUACCGAUUCCGGUCCUCACUGGAAUGCGUUUGCCGCGCAAGCAGAAAACCGUGCUAGUGUUCACGUUCGCUCUGGGUAUAUUCGUCACGAUUAUCGAUGUUAUUCGGAUUUAUUACCUACAGAAGGCAUUGGAUGCACAAGCGUACCUUAUUUCGAAAGAGCGACUGGGGACGAGCCUCGAUUUCGCCUGGACUGCCAGCAUGGCCCUGAUGUGGAGCGCUGUUGAAGUAAAUGUUGGCAUCGUCUGCGCCUGUAUCCCAACUUUGAGACCUUUAGUCAAACUCAUCUUACCUUCCAUGAUCAUGGACCGGUCACAUACGGAGAAAGGUGCCUCUUCUGGUGAUCAGCAACCCUCAGGUUCCAACCAUGUGCACCGCGCACCUUCUGCGAUCGGAGAUCACGAACAAGAAAUUCAGUUACCGCCUCCCGCGCGAAUAGCAGGACAGCAGGAACGAGAAAUAGGGAUGCUCGAUUUCCUUACAACUCCCUCCAUGGAUGAAAUUGACUUGGGAUCUGGAAUUUCCCGGACACGCACAGCGGAUACACGUGUUUCGGAAGAUGGCGUUUAUUUCGGAUUCAUUGAUAUGAAACGGCCAAAGAGCAUGCUUACAACAUCGGGGUUGGAAUCCUUCAGGUACUGCACUAUCGUCACGCUCCUCUUCUUCCUCUGGGGAUUCUCGUAUGGUCUGCUCAACACACUCGACAACGAAAUCGCGAGAAUUGCACACCAGACCUUCAGUCAGGAUCUGGCAUUGACAUCGGCUUAUUUUGGAGCAUAUUUCUUUGGCCCAUUGACAGUAGGGCAAUGGGUCCUUCGGCAUGGAGGGUUCAAAGCGACUUUUAUCACGGGUCUCUGUAUCUACGGGACUGGGACGUUGAUGUUCUGGCCUUCGGCUGUCCUGGCAUCUUUUCCCGGCUUCAUCAUAUGUCAAUUCGUGGUUGGCUUUGGGCUUUCUAUUCUCGAGACGGCAGCCAAUCCUUUUAUCGCACUCUGCGGUCCCCCACAGUACGCAGAAUAUCGUCUACUGCUUGCACAAGGCGUUCAAGCCUCGGCCAGCGUUCUGUCGCAGCUGCUCGCUCAGAAAGUCUUCUUCUCGAAAAUCAUUAGCAAGCUCAGCCUGAUAGAUGUACAAUGGACGUAUCUUGCCAUUGCGCUCUUCGCCGUUAUCCUCGCCCUCUUUUUCUACUAUGUCCCCCUCCCGGAAGCGACCGAUGCGGAUCUGCAGUCUCUCACCGAAAACCUUUGCGCCUAUCCCGACCAAUUCUUCCUCUCCACAAAACUUCCUCUGAUAUAUGUGACCCUCGCACUCGCUAUCUUCGCUCAAUUCGUUUAUGUAGGUGCUCAGGAAAGUAUGUCAAUCUGGUUUGGGCCCCUCUUGUACAAGCUGGCCGGGCACUUAACAAUAAGUAUCGAUGAUUACGGCCUUGUCGCACAGGCAAACUUUGCAAUUGGUCGCUUCCUCUUCGCCUCUCUCGUUCUCCUUGUCGCACCUCGAAUCCUUAUCCUCCUUGCUUUCAUCCUAGGUACUAUCUUCGCCAUCUUGACCAUGUCCCUCACGUUGAACGCAAACGGCAUUGCCGGCCCUGCCCUGGUAUUGUUCUUCUUCGAAGGUCCUAUCUUCCCCCUGGUGUUCGCCAUCGGGUUACGCGGGAUGGGGAAACGGACGAAGUAUGCCGCGGCUGGCCUUACGGCAGCUACUAGCGGUGGCGCGGUUUUCCCGUUUGUGAUGUGGGCUGUGUAUAAAGUGAACCAUAAGACGGUCCAAUAUACCUUCUGUGUGGUCGUUGCACUUUUCGCAUUCGGCAUCACCUUCCCUGCCUAUCUUAACCUUGUCCCUGGUGCGCGUCGUCAAGUCGACCCCCGCCGGAUCAGAGGGCGAGAUGAUAUGUCUCUCCCGGAUAGCACUACACCUGCGGAUGACGAUCAAUCCAUAACUCCAAUCCGAAGGUUGAGCAAUAGUCUUAGUAUCAUUCUUUCUAGAGUGAGCGAAGCGAGAUACAGGAAGAACAGCGACAUGCUACCGGUCAUAGAACACGAGAAGCGACAGGAGAGUUUGAGCACCGAUCCGAGCACCUGA